CUGCACUACGGGACCCUCCUGGGCAGCAGAGCUUGUGCCCACAUGGCAGCAGCUGCCUGGGCCAGUGCCUUUCUCUAUUCACUGCUGCACACAGCCAAUACAUUUUCCCUGCCCCUGUGCCGUGGCAAUGCCCUGGGCCAGUUCUUCUGUGAAAUCCCACAGAUCCUGAAGCUUUCCUGCUACAAAUCCUACCUCAGGGAACUUGAGCUUCUUGUGCUAAGUGCUCUUCUAUUCUUUGCUUGUUUUGUUUUCAUUGUUUUCUCCUAUGUGCAGAUCUUCAGGGCUGUGCUGAGGAUCCCCUCUGAGCAGGGACGGCACAAAGCCUUUUCCACCUGCCUCCCUCACCUGGCCGUGGUCUCCCUGUUUCUCAGCACUGGGUUUUUUGCCUACCUGAAGCCCCCCUCCAUCUCCUCCCCAUCUCUGUAUCUGGCCCUGUCACUUCUGUACUCAGUGGUGCCUCCACUUCGAAAACCUGACGACAAGGUGUUUGCUGGGAGACAUUACUAUUUAGGAGUAAGUGUCAGCUCGUACAGCCACGGCCGCUGCCCGCUGCCGUGCGCGAACAAGGAGUGCCAGUGCGGCUUCGUGAUUUGUGUGACAAUUUAA